AGCGAGCCGAGUCGCGUGUAUCGGUGUGCGGGUCCCGGGCCCCCAGCCCCGGCAGGGGCCUGUCGCCGUCAGACUCGGGCUGCCCGCGGGAGGGACUGCAUCCGCGACCCGUCGGGGACCACAGCUACUCGGCUGGAGUUCAGGGGCCGAGUCUGCAGAACGGCUCACGAGAGACAGGUCCCUGGAUGAGAAGGAGCUGACAGCAGCGGGGUCCCACCUUCUCUGUGUGCAGGGGAGCAGGGCUGCAGAGCCCCUGUGGCACCCAUGCCGAAGAACAGCAAGGUGACCCAGCGUGAGCACAGCAAUGAGCACGUCACCGAGUCAGUGGCUGACCUGCUGGCCCUUGAGGAGCCUGUGGACUAUAAGCAGAGCAUACUGAAUGUGGCCGGCGAGGCAGGUGGCAAGCAGAAGGUAGCAGAGGAGGAGCUGGACGUAGAGGACCGGCCAGCCUGGAAUAGCAAGCUGCAGUACAUCCUGGCCCAGAUUGGCUUCUCUGUGGGCCUUGGCAACAUCUGGAGGUUCCCCUAUCUGUGCCAGAAAAAUGGAGGAGGUGCCUACCUGGUGCCCUACCUGGUGCUGCUAAUUAUUAUUGGCAUCCCCCUCUUCUUCCUGGAGCUGGCUGUGGGACAGAGGAUCCGCCGUGGCAGCAUUGGUGUGUGGCACUAUGUGUGCCCCCGCCUGGGAGGCAUCGGCUUUUCCAGCUGUAUU